GAGCUCGCUAAUCACUUAUUUCUUGAACUUACUUCCUCUCCUUCUCGAUUGUCGUCUUGUAGAGUUCAACGUGCUUCGAAAAUGGAUAUAAAGGGGGUUGAGGGGAUUUUCAUUUGUCUUUUCCUUUUUUUUUUCAUUCCUUGAUUUAUGUUUAUUUGGAGUCUGUUUUAUUCGGUGUUGUUUACCUUUUUUCUUCUGUUUCGAAGUUGUUCGUCUGUGUCUCUGAAAGGCCGUUUUCUCUUUCUGUUUUUAGAAUUUUAAUUGACUUUCUGUUGACGAACUUUUCAGCUCCUUUUUUUGGCACCUUUUUAAAAAAAAAAAAACUCUCACACAGUGAUUCACUUCUGUGUUGAUGCUUUCCUCAACCACUGGUAUCUCAUUCAGAUAUUCCAGGUGAUUUUUGUUUACCCAAAUUCAUGGUAUCCAUCGCUAUUGGGUCAGUUAUACUGAUGAUCCAAUGGCGUUGCCGACUUUGUUUUUGGAUCACCGGAUGCUAACUGAGAAUUAACCAUUUUCCUGGAAAGUUCGGAAGAGGCGAACCACGUUGACUAUGGCGUCAAGUAGAGUUUUGAGGGUAGUUAUAGCCAGACGAUUGACGUCUUUCACUUUAUGAACCUUCUUCUUUGAAUCUCUCCUCCACUUAAUUUUAAAUUUACUUGCAUAUUUAUCUUAUCGCGUCUCCUGACAGUACGUGUUUUACGUGUUCAUGUGACACGAAGCACAGCAAAUUUAUUUCAUUUGUCUCUUUUCUGUUUCAGAAUUGAGAUAAAGAUAGAACUUCGAAUCUUUUGUUCAUUGUUUUUCCUCAUUUUAUUUGAACACAUUUUUGGCCUUCGAGAAUUAGUUCCAAGCAUUUUCUUUCUUCCUUUAUCUUGAGAUUAAUCGGAUUUUAAGCUCCAAAAGUUAUCAGCCGUGACUUUAGACCUGAGUGCGUAUUAGCUUUUGUUCCAAGAGGGCAUUCAAUGAAGCUAGCCCUUUCUGUUAUGUGCUUAUCCCUUGAUUUUCUUGAUCUUUAUUUAAAUUGACCAAUUAAAUCAGGUUGAAAGUUCACGUCUAUCUCACUUUCAAUUUGAUAAGAAUGUUGGAGAAAAUGGAAAGCUUUGACGUCAACAGAGAAAUAGAGGAGUUUGAAGCCGUGACAAAAGAUGCCGAGAGGGUUCAGAGGGAGACCCUCAAAAAGAUUUUGGAAGAAAAUGGAUCCGCAGAGUACUUGCAGAAUCUGGGUCUCAAUGGGAGAACGGACCCAGAGACCUUCAAGGCUUUCGUUCCAAUUGUCACCCACAACGAACUGGAGCCCUACAUUCAAAGAAUUGCAGAUGGUGAUUCUUCACCCAUUCUCACUGGAAAACGCAUUACAACAAUAUCUUUAAGUUCCGGAACUACUCAAGGGAGGCAAAAAUUUGUACCUUUCAAUGACGAUUUGAUGGAUAACACUAUGCAGAUAUAUCGGACUUCUUUUGCCUUCAGAAACAGGGAAUUCCCUAUAGGGACUGGAAAGGCCUUACAGUUCGUCUACAGUAGCAAGCAAUUUAAAACAAAAGGGGGUCUGGCCGCCGGAACUGCUACUACGAAUGUCUACCGCAAUCCACAGUUUAAAAGUGGCAUGAAGGCAAUUAUGUUUCAGGGUUGCAGUCCUGACGAAGUAAUCUUUGGUCCUGAUUUCUAUCAAUCCUUGUACUGCCAUCUUUUGUGCGGACUUCUUUUCCGGAACGAAGUUCAAUUUGUGUUCUCUACAUUUGCCCAUAGUAUUGUUUAUUCAUUCAGAACCUUUGAACAAGUCUGGGAAGAACUCUGUACUGACAUACGAGACGGGGUCCUCAGCAGCCGAGUCAGUGUUCCUUCUAUCCGAGCAGCAAUGUCGAAGCUCCUUAAACCAAACCCUGAAUUGGCUGAUUUGAUACAUACUAAAUGCUCAGGAUUGAGUAACUGGUAUGGACUAAUACCAGAGCUUUUCCCUAAUGCGAAGUACGUUUAUGGGAUCAUGACUGGGUCAAUGGAGCCAUAUCUGAAAAAACUGAGGCACUACGCCGGGAAGCUACCUCUUGUAUGUCACGAUUAUGGUUCUUCAGAAGGAUGGAUUGCAGCUAAUGUCAAUCCAAAACUGCCUCCUGAAUCGGCUACUUUCGCUGUGAUUCCAAAUAUUGGAUAUUUUGAAUUCAUCCCCCUGAGGCAUAAUGCUCACGCUCAGGAGCAAGAUCUGAUGGAUCCUGAUUUCAUCUCCGGGGAGCCCAAGCCAGUGGGGCUUACUGAAGUCAAGGUCGGUGAAGAGUACGAGAUCCUUCUCACCAAUUUCGCAGGUUUAUACCGUUACAGGUUAGGAGAUGUGGUGAAAGUAAUGGGAUUCCACAACUCGACACCAGAACUGAAGUUUGUAUGCAGAAGAAACCUCGUGCUGAACAUAAACAUUGACAAGAACACGGAGAAAGAUUUACAGCUAUCAGUGGAAGAAGCAGGCAGGGUAUUGGCAGAGGAGAAAGUAGAAGUUCUUGAUUUCACAAGCCACGUAGACGUGAGCACGGAGCCUGGACACUACGUGAUUUUCUGGGAAAUCAGUGGGCAAGUAGAGGAGGAUGUGUUGCAAGGGUGCUGCAAUUGCUUGGACAAGUCUUUUGUGGACGCCGGCUAUGUUAGCUCUCGCAAGGUGAAUGCCAUUGGACCUCUGGAGCUCCGACUUGUCCGGAGGGGAACAUUCCAGAAGAUUCUAGAUCAUUACCUGGCUCUAGGGGCUGCUGUUAGUCAGUUCAAAACACCCAGAUGCGUGGGUCCCAACAACAAUAUGGUGUUGCAGAUCUUGAAUGGGAAUGUUGUUAAGAGCUUCUCCAGUACUGCUUUCUCCUCUGCUAUGUGUAUAUAGAAAUAAUGUUGUUUGGUAUGCUGUUUUCUUGGAACCUUUUUACAGAGGAGUUGUUUUGUUACUAAAAAAUAGAGAUAGAUAAUCAAACUCCAAAAGUCUUGAAAACA